AUGUCUUUAAAUCAAAGAAUCAUAGUUUUUAAUCAUCAACAAAGUGUUCCAAUUAAAAGAGCGUCCCAGAAAAAUAGAGAAGCUAAAUUAACUAAUUUAAAUUUUGAAAAUAAAAACUUGAGUAAAAAUCAUGCACGAAUUAUUUAUAAUUCAAAUAAAUUUGAAAUUGAAGAUACGGGUUCAAUGUUUGGUACAAUUGUAAAUGAUAAAGUUUUAAUUCCUUUCAAACCAAUCGAACUUAAAAAUAAAGAUGAAAUUAAAUUAAUAAUGGUCAAAAGUUUUGCGUUUUUAAAAAAUAUAUUUGAUAAAUUUAAAUCAAAUGAAUGGAUUGAUAUUAAAGAAUUUGGAGAUAAUUUAAGUUUAAAAAUUAAAUUGUCGGUUAAUAUAAAAAAUAAUACUUUAAAAAUGUCAGUUUUAGAAAAUGAUGGUUUUAAAGAUGAAACUGAUACUAAUAAUGGUGCAGGUAAUGAUUCAUUUUUUCAAGAUCAAGAACAAGAUGAUAUUAAAUAUAUUCUAACACCUGAAGAAGAAGAAGAAGAAGAAGAAGUACGUUUUGAUAAUGAAGAAGAAAGUGAAAAUUUAACGACUACAAAUUCAAAAGAUUUAAUCCCUUCAAAAGCUGCAACUGAUAAAUAUUCAACCCAACCUACUACAACUCAAUCUACAUUUAAUGAAAAUGGAGAACAAGCUAGAGAUUUACAUGGAGUUUUUGAAAUUUCAGCUGAAGAAGAAGAAGAAGAAGAAGAAGAAGAAGAAGAAGAAGAAGAAGAAGGAGAAGAAGAAGAAGGAGAAGAAGCAGAAGAAAGUUUAAGUGAUAAUGACAAAACUGAACAUGAAUGUUGCGAAUGUUGGAGUGGUGGCGGCUCAUGUUGUACUGAAAUUAGAUCUACAUUUAAUGAAAAUACUAGUGAAGCUGAAGAAAGUAAAAUAGUUGAUGAAGAUGCUGGUAUUGAAUCAGAAGUAGAAAUUGAUGUUGAUGAUGAUGAAAUUAGUGAAGUUGAUGAUGAACAAGAUAAAUCAUCAGAUGAAUCAAAUUUAGAUAUUUUAGAAGAUGAAAAUGAACGAAAAGAUAGUGUUGAUUAUUUUGAAAAAUUAAAAUCUGCUUAUGUUUCAGGAUACUGUGGUUUAGAAAUAUCAAGUGGUGAAGAAAAUUCAAAAGAUGAUGAAUCAAAAGUUAGAAAUCAAUUAAAGAGAGAAGAACUUGAAAGAAUAUAUGGUGCAAAUGAAGAUGAAGAAAGAUUAAGCUUAAUAAGAGGUAUUUCAAAAGAUAGUAAUGAUUCUGAAUUAAAUACAAGUGAAUCUGAUGAAGAAAAUGAAACAACAUUAGCAUCUUUAGGAAUUUCAUCAAAUGGAUACGAAGUAAGAAAAAUAUUUUCAAAGGAAAUUUCAACUGAUAGAUUUGCUGAAUCACCUGUUUAUAAUUCGAAAAGAAAAUAUAAUGAAAUUGAGGAGGAAGAUAUUGAAUCGGAUUCAUCAGAUUUAUCACAUUCAUCAAUUGAAUUACCAUUGAGAAAAAAGCAAAAAAUAGACAAUUCAAAUUCAAAUUCAACUAUCAAAACUAUAACUAAAGAAGUUGCAAAAGGUUUAGUUUAUUUUGUUGGUACAAUUAUUGCAAUGGGUAUUUAUGGAAGUAGAAUUAGUCAAGAUUAG